AGCAUCCUCGUCACCUGGACGAAGGGGUUCAAGUGCAGCAGCGUGGAGGGGAAGGACGUGGUGUCGAUGCUGCGCAAGGCCAUCAAGAAACGAGGGGACUUUGACAUCGACAUCGUGGCCGUGGUCAACGACACCGUUGGGACCAUGAUGACCUGCGGCUACGACGACCACAACUGCGAAGUUGGCCUCAUCGUUGGUACCGGUACCAACGCCUGUUACAUGGAGGAGAUGAGGCACAUCGACCUGGUGGAGGGGGACGAGGGUCGGAUGUGCAUCAACAUGGAGUGGGGCGCCUUCGGCGACGACGGCGUCCUCAACGACAUCCGGACCGAGUUCGACCGCGAGAUAGACAUGGGCUCGCUCAACCCCGGCAAGCAAUUGUUUGAGAAGAUGAUCAGCGGGAUGUACAUGGGAGAGCUGGUCAGGCUCAUCCUGGUGAAGAUGGCCAAGGAAGGGCUCCUGUUUGGAGGAAGGCUCACGCCGGAUCUGCUCACGACCGGCCACUUUGAGACCAGAUUCGUCUCUGCUAUCGAGAAGGAGAAGGAAGGGCUGCAGAAAGCCCACGAGAUCCUCUCCAAGCUGGGCCUGGAGCCGUCCCACGAGGACUGCGUGGCCACUCUCCGCAUCUGCCAGAUCGUGUCCACACGCUCGGCCAACCUCUGCGGGGCCACGCUGGCGGCCGUGCUGCGGCGCAUCAAGGACAACAAGGGCGUGGAGCGGCUGCGGUCCACGGUCGGUGUGGACGGCUCCGUCUACAAGAAGCAUCCUCAGUGA